UACUCAUGCGUCUCCAUCAUGCAGUCACGUUGUACUCCCGCCGCCAUCUUUGACUUGGAUACAGGAUGUUUUCGACGAGCGAAGCGUCUUACAAAACCCGCAGACGGAGUCCAAAAGUGAAGACAGGUUGCAAGACGUGCAAGGUGCGACGCGUCAAAUGUGAUGAGAAGAAGCCGGAAUGCCUCAAGUGUACGCGCUCCGGCCGCAAGUGCGAUGGUUACACAACAAACGACGCCAACUUUCAAGUCCAUGUCUGGAGUCACGGAAAAGCCUCCGAUCCACAGAACGCCAUAUCUACCUUCAAUGGCCUUGGAGAUAGUGCACGCUAUCUGGACUUCUACUAUCAUUGCGCCUGCCCUGCACUCUCCACCAACUUCGACAAAGAAUUCUGGUCUCGCAUCGUACUGCAGAUGGCUCACUCGGAACCGGCCGUGCGCCAUGCUGUGAUAGCUCUAGGAGCUCUUUGCCAAACCGAGCCUGGGGAUAUGAAACAUGCAUGCGCGGGGCUAAUUGCCAAUCACGAGCGCAAGAUUGUGUUGUCUCAUUACAACAAGUCCAUCGGCUGCUUAGUCAGUCGCAUGAGCGAGGCCACUUACUCGCCAGAGCUUGGACUAGUAAUCUGUCUUCUUUUCGUUUGCAUUGAGUUCCUCCAAGGCAACUACCAUGCCGCCUUCACCCAUUUGAGGAACGGCUUCAAACUGAUGUACGCGCCCCGCAUAGAACUACCGAACUAUCGGGACUCAUUGCAAACCACGUAUCCCCCCAACGUAGCAUUGGACGGGUCCGGAUUUUCGAGAAGCUCAACAGAAGACAAGUUGAUACCCAUCUUCACCCGCGGCGUUGCGCAAGCUUUGCUCUAUGGCUCCAGGAUUCAGGAAGACCUAGAGAUACCGCAACUGGUGCAUGCGACGUACUCCAAGCGGCCGUUUGUGAGUCUCUCUGAAACGCAACAGGCCUACUUCGAGCUCCGGAAUGCAUCCAUAAGUCACCUGUAUACCAUGGGAAGAAGAACACUCCUUCGACAAGAAUCUUGUCUUGAACUUUAUCAAGAACGGGACAAUUUGUUGGCGUGUCAUCAUGUCUGGUACGAAAACAUGCGGCGCUUCGAAAAGCAGCAUGCGCUCUCGGGUGAUGAACUAAUUGCUGCGAGCGCUCUCAAGGUCUCCUAUCACACAACGUUUGUCUACGUUUCAUGUUCAGCAACAGUCAUCGAGAAGACAUACGACAACUAUCUAGAUCACUUCAAGGAGAUCCUGCGUCAUGCCCAAGCAAUCAUCGAUUCGAGGCCGCCCACGAACCCCAACACCGCUCAUUUCACUUUCGACAUUGCGAUAAUUCCACAGCUUUACUUCGUCGCAACCCGAUGCCGCUGUCCCAUCACCCGACGAGAGGCAGUAGCGCUUCUAGAACGCAACCCACCGCGGGAGGGACUUUGGGACGUGCAACAACAUGUGGUAGUGUCCAAACGAGCGAUCGAAAUGGAAGAAGCCGAAGUCAACCCCAAUACCGGCUGGCCGGUAGAGGAGACCAGAUUGUGGAAUUGCAUCAUCAAGGCGGGCAUGGACCGCAGCGGUGGCUUUGAGGCAACGUUCUUGCCAGCCACAUGGAUCGGGCUAGUGGAUGCGAACGGAAACCAGAAGAUGAUUCGCGAGUCCUUCGUUUUAUGAGUGUGGCGUGCGACUGCAUGUGAGUUUUGCGGACCAUGCCAAAUUUCUGGAAGACAUGUUCCGCACACGAUGUAACCUCUUCUUCAUGUCGGGGGUUGACACCGCUACCAUUAACAAAGUCCUAUCUCUCAUCAUUG